AUGUCUGAAAGCAGCGAUGUGGAGGCCGCGAGCAAGGCUGAAGCGAAACAGGCGGCCAGCAUCACCGAGCCGUCAGUGGAAGACUACGAGCUGAUCGGCUUGCCGCUCGUUUUGGUCAUCGCUGGCCUGGGACUCGCCAUAUUCCUCAUGUCCUUGGACUCAUCCAUCAUUGCCACCGCUAUUCCCCGUAUCACGGCAGACUUCAACAGCACCAGUGAUAUGGGCUGGUACGGAAGCGCAUACUCCUUCGCCAUGUGCGCGCUCCAGCCUAUGGCGGGCAAGUUGUUUUCAAAAUUCCCUUUGAAGACCCCCGGAAUCUCUACUUACCAAACACGAAAGGCAACCUUCCUCGCCUGUCUCUCCGUCUUUGAGCUGGGGUCUCUGUUAUGUGCCCUAGCUGUUAACAGCCCCAUGCUCAUUAUUGGGCGCGCUAUAGCUGGAGCUGGGGCGGCGGGAUGCUUUACCGGUGCCUUUUGUAUUGUCGCAGUCUCUCUGCCCUUGGAGAAGCGGCCAUUCUUCGUUGGCAUUCUCCAAUCGACAUUUGGCAUUGCCACCAUCAUCGGUCCAAUUUUGGGCGGCGCCUUCACACAGCAUGUGACGUGGCGGUGGUGCUUCUGGAUCAACUUGCCUCUGGGUGCUGCUACUAUACUUGCUAUUGUCUUCUGCUUCAAACCACCACAGGAUAAUUCCAAGGAAGUGCCACCUGUCCUGAAGAGAUUACAAGGCUUGGAUUUUGCUGGCGCUGCGCUCUUCGCUGGGGCCAUUGUCAUGGUGCUUCUGGCUCUUCAAUGGGGAGGGACUGCUUACGCUUGGCGAAGUGCUAUCAUCAUCGGCCUCUUCUUGGGAGGGGCAGGACUUAGCCUUGUGUUCGGCCUAUGGCAAUGGUACAAGGGCGAUGAUGCUAUGAUUCCUCCACGUCUCAUGACGGAACGCACCCAGUUCUUCGCCUGCAUGACUGAGUUCUUUGCUAUGGGCUCAGUCUAUAUAUCAAUUUACUAUCUUCCGACUUGGUUUCAAGUCGUCAAGGGCGCCUCGCCCACGAAAUCGGGACUCAUGUAUCUGCCUUUAGCCUUGUCGGACGUCCUAUCUGCCACGCUGACGGGCGCGUCGCUAAAAUGGCUCGGGUAUCCAAACCCUUAUGCUAUUCUUGGGACAGCCCUGAUGUGUGUAGCAUCAGGUCUGUUCUCCACGUUCAACCUUGACACCCCCCAUCAGCAGUGGAUCCCCUUUCAAGUUCUCCAAGGCCUCGGUAUCGGAAUGAUGCUGUCGAUGCCUUACGUCGCUAUACAAACGGUUCUCGAGCCCGCAGAUAUCCCUGUCGGCACCUCGCUGCUGCAGUCCUUCCAAUACUUUGGAGCUGCAGUCUAUCUUGCCGUCGCCGAGUGUAUUUUCGAGAACAAACUUGUCGAACAACUACGCAGUUCGGGGUUGGAGCAACGAGAGAUCGACGCUCUUCUCAACGCAGGCUCUGCCGAGGUGAGGAAUGUGACUUCUGAGGAGCAGCUCUCGGGUGUUCUCCACGCUUACAACUACGCAAUGACAAACACGUUUUACGUUGCGACGAGCGUGGCUGGCGUUGCGUUUUUCUUGUCGUUCGGAAUGCGCUGGAGGAGUGUUAAGUCGCCGAAGCCUUGA